UGGCACCCAAGCAAGCAGACCCACAACACAAUGCUCUUUUUCUUUAGCGGUGAUGACAGCUCGGUGACCUAUAUCGUGGGCAGGCCGGUGAGGGCACUACCCGCAGCCCGCAGCUACUGUUGAGCCACAUGAGAUUUCUGAAGCUAGCUGAGCAGACAAAAACCUACCUAACCAAUUUCGUCCUUCAUUAUUAUAGAAGAUAGUAGAAAAUUACGUUUUGCUUUACCCCCACUUGACACGCCUGCUGUUUGCCACAGCUUCACAGGACAUCAUCGCAUCGCACUCGCACCUCGAGCGAGCGAGAGCUGUGGCGUCCUCUGACCGGGUGGUGGCCGUGGCGGCGGCGAUGGAGCAGAGCGCCGCGAAGCCCAUCAGAUGCAGAGCUGUGAUCGUCGCGCAGCGGCGGUGAGCAAGGCGCCGGGGCGGCCGCUGGAGAUGGAGGAGGUGGAGGUGGCGCCGCCGCGGGCGCACGAGGUCCGCGUCAGGAUCAUCUGCACCUCGCUCUGCCACACGGACGUCACCUUCUGGUGCAUGAAGGAUUUGCCGGCCAUGUAUCCGUCCAUCCUCAGGCACGAAGCAGUAGGCGUGGUGGAGAGCGUGGGGGAGCAUGUCCAGGAGGUGGCCGUGGGGGACACGGUGGUGCCGGUGUUCCUGCCGCAGUGCGGCGAGUGCGACGACUGCCUGUCCGCCCGCAGCAACAUCUGCUCCGUGCUGGCGCACCGCCCGGGCCACAUGCCGCGGGACGGCACCACGCGCUUCUCGCUCGCCGCCUCGGGCGAGCCCGUCCACACCUUCCUGUGCGUCUCCAGCUUCGCCGAGUACACGGUGGUGGACGUCGGCCACGUCGUCAAGCUCGCCGCCGUCGGCCCCGCCCCCGCGCUGCCGCCGGAGAAGGCGUGCCUGCUCAGCUGCGGCGUCGCCACAGGCGUUGGUGCAGCUUGGAAGGUUGCCGCAGUGGCGGCCGGUUCAACUGUUGCUGUCUUCGGACUCGGCACCGUCGGGUUAGCGGUAGCGCAAGGGUCCAAAAUGCGUGGUGCCAAGAGAAUCAUUGGGGUGGAUCUAAAUCCGGACAAGAUGGAGAUCGCAAAGAGGUUAGGGAUCACCGACUUCGUGAAUCCAAAUGAGACCGGGGGAAAGGCUGUCAGCGAGGUCAUCACGGAGAUGACCGGCGGCGGCGCCGAUUACUGCUUCGAGUGCGUCGGCUCCACCUCGCUCAUGGCGGAAGCCUUCAAAAGCUCUCGGAAGGGCUGGGGGAAGACGAUCAUCCUGGGCACCGAUGCCGGAGCGGCACCCUUCAGCAUAUCGUCGUCGGACAUCAAGCGAGGGCGGUCGGUCACCGGCGGGCUCCUCGGCGGGAUCAAGCCCAAGAACGACAUCCCCGUGCUGGCGCAGAAGUACCUGGACAAGGAGCUGGAGCUGGACGAGUUCAUCACGCACCAGGUGGGCUUCGAGGACAUAAACCGCGCCUUCGACCUGCUCCAGCAGGGGAGGUGCCUCCGCUGCAUCAUCUGGAUGGACGACGGCGCCAAGGAGAACGGCGCGCUCGCAUGACAGACUUGUCAGUGUCUGUUCGUCACUGUCGACACCA